AAUCACGGCAUAAUUGGCGCAGUCGCAAGGCCAAGUGGUUAGACAAAGUGAACAGUGUUAACAGAGUGAAUAUCUAGUAUCACAGUCACCGAGUUCUACAAAGAGGAACAGCCCACGUCUAUGGCAGACAACUGAUACACCCAGCAAGAACAACCCCUGAGUGAACAUCAAGGACUUGCGGAUAUCAGAGGACCGAUCCCGCCAUUUGGAAACCUACCCCAUCCAUCCGUCACUUCACACCAAGACUCCAGGAGAUGAAAGCAGUAAUCUUCCUUUGCUAUGCAUACAAGACGGAAACGAUGAUAAUCACAAAGCCGGCGCAUCAUCGGAUGAAAUCACUCGUUUAAAACUGCCAUUAGAUUAUGGAACCAUCUGAAUCACCCAUCCCCCAGGACUUUCCGGAACCAGUACCAUCCGAGGCCUACAUCAUCCCCACACUCGGGCUCCAGCAAGGAACGUUCGUGUUCUCCUACCUGUCGAUCUUCCUAUCAUACAUCACACCGUACGAUCUGCCAGUGGUCUACUGUAUUCUAGAGCUCUUGCGGGAUGCCUUUCACACGCGGGUUUCCUUUUUGGAGCUCAUCAUGGAGGCGCUCAAGGUCGAAUCGGGCUACAUUUGCGUUAUUGCGAUAUUUUUCCUGAUUUCGCUUAUCCCGUUGUGCUACACGAUCGCGUGGGGUUGCUCGAAGCGGGAAGAUGACGACAUCAACGCGGGACCAACGGUGGAUGCCAUCAUUCAGGCUGAAGAGCUGUCGCUGGAAGAGUCACUGAAGUGUCGGAGAAGUUUUCUCAGCUUGUCGCUGCAGAUUAUCAUUCUUCUACUAAUAGCCAGUAUAAUAGCGAUGUUUGUGACGAACGAACAGAUUGCUUCGUCAAUUGAUGAGACACCAUCGGUGCUGCGGUCGUCGUUGGCCGACGUGGAAACCUUUCUUCGGGACACUGAGCAGCAAAUUUCGUUCGUAAUUUUGGAAGGGUUGAAAACCACAGUUGACAGGAUCAAGAGUGAUUUGGAGGGUAUAGAUAAGUUGCUCGGUGAGCCGGUCCAAAACCAUCUGUCGCUGUUCACCGGAAUAGAGAUAAUUUUCGAAUCUAUCAUGGAUAUAAGUACAAGCAGUAACAACUUAUCACGGAGGAUAUCACUUCUGCAGGAAACGCUAGCACGAGCUGCUAAAAUAUCAUACGAGGCGGAGUAUCGCCUAGACGAGCUACAGAUUCAGCUUUCCGUGCUGCAGAGGCAGUGCAGUUACCGCGAUAGGCCGCUCUGUGAUACGCUAAAGAUCAAGAACUUCGAGGAAUCGGGACUUAUAGAGAAGAUUCGGAAAUUGCAGAACGAUCCUGUGCUGUCGAAGUUAAUGACAAUGGGAGAGGCUGGCAAGAAUAGUACGAUGAAAAUUCUCACACAGGAAUUGACCGUUGCAAGAGCUAUUUUUCGAAAUUAUAGAACCGAGCUAAAGAAUGCUACGUUGGUGUCACGAGAACACAUUAGCAAUCACCUGGAAGAUUUCACCAACGCGACUUUUUCGUCCACGACUGUCUUAUCGGCCACCGUCAACAACUUGGUUGGAGAGGUGUCGAAGAUUGGUAACUUUUCGGAUUCGUUAUUCGAUUAUUACAGAGAUAUUGGUGAAGUCCUGUGGUUGACCGGUCUUUCGGCAACAAUAUGCACGCUACUGGUGACGUUGAUUCUAUUAGGAGCGUUAAGCUGUGGUUGUUGUCAUGCUGACAAUAAAGCAGGAAUAACGUUGAUAAUCGGAGCAGUCAUCAUCUGCAUAGCGAGUAUCGCACUUUCGGGGUUUGCUAUGGUUGAGAUGUUGUUGGGUGCGCAUGGACACGUCUUCAUCUGUAAUCCAUUGUAUGACGCACCAAACUAUACAAUAUUGGGUAAGUUGAUAGAUAAACCCGGACUGAUUUACCCUGUGGAACCACCGAAUGGAAUCAUAGACAAAAUCGUAGAAGUCGCCGAUCCAAAUCGCACAUUUUCGAUAAAUGUUUCGCUAGCUAAUGUUAUAAACGAAUGCGAACGGAACAAAGGAUCGUUUUCUACCUUCCAGCUGGAAGGUUUGAUUAACGUGUCCUCCAUCAUGAAUUACCGCAGCUACCCGCAUCUGGAGAGUUCCAUCCAGGCGAUAGCCGCUUCGGAAGCUCCCUUCAUCAAAUUCACUGCUCCAAUUCAGACUAUUCUGGAGGAUAUGUUAACCGAUUCGGAUGUUAAUCUCACUGCGUUCCGGAUGGAUCUCACCCAGUUAUCACCGGAUAAGGAUGUUAUGACCUUCAUUGAUCAGCUGCAGCGAGUGUCCGCUCAAAUACAGGACGUCGCAACUUCAUCUCGAAUGGCGACCCUUGGCAGUAGGGCUAAGCGAUUACAAGCUUCGCUUCUUCAACCUUUGGAACAUCUUAGAGGAGACAUAGUUUACCAUUUGACUGCUCUGGAAUUGCAACUUUCACCAUGGGCUGCACAGUUGAACAAAAGCUUGAACCAUUUAAGGGGCGCUCAAGCCUAUCUCGAUCUUGAAUCGGCUGCGGUGUGUCACAACAAGAGUGAAUUGUUCCGCAAUCACCUGAAGGGUCAUUUCGAAGCCUAUCGAAACCAUUCGAAUGUGAUCCUUAGCGAUAAGUGCGCCAGCUGCAGGCCAUUGUUUGACAUUUUCGACGCCAUGAGGGUACUCUUCUGUCACCACAUUAUGGACCCGAUGAAUGGACUGUGGUUUUCGUCGUUUCUUUGUCUGUUUCUGUGGGCUAUUGCCACGACCGUGUCACUGUUGAUGUCUUCCACUUAUCGAAGGCUUGAAGUACUGUCCGGGAAGCUGCAGCAAACUACUAGUAACUUCUAUGGCACAACCGGUUCUCUUCGCUCGGACGCCCGUGGGAUACUGCACCUUCAGCACCAGCAGCAACAGUAUCCGGAAUCCAGCAGCCAUUGGUCUACCACCCAGAGACCGCAUAUGGUGUCCCGCACUACCACCCCAGUCAACGUAAUUCCGGACAUUGAUAGGUCCAAUUGGUGAUCGUGUAUUGUUUCACCUUGCCCAACUUACAGACACACCCACACACAUACACAAACAUACAUCACCCGACACAACAGUCUGAGGUUUCAUUCAGUUAGUCAAUUCCAGCCACAAGAACCCAUCGAAAAAUCAUUGCAUCCAUCCCCGCUGCAGGUUCGUUUCGGUGCAUUUUGCCGAGGUCAUGGAGAGCCGCACCGACGAUGAAAUAAUCUACGACGACGUCGAUGUCUACCGAGAUGACGAAGUUGACGUCGAUUACAUUGAGCUCACCCCCAAGAAUGAUGACGAUGACGAUGACCCCACAAAGUUUCAGGAGUGUUUAAUAUGAUGAAAUGUUGUUGUUCUUUUUUUUACAAUUUCUACUCAACUCUAGUGUAAGAGAACCCCUACGAUAAUAAAGCGUAGAAAGCCAUACAA